CCGCCAGCCCGUCCUGCCGCCCGCAUGGCCGCCAUCAAGGCCCUGCAAGAAUGGUGCCGGCAGCAGUGCGAGGGCUACCGGGACGUGAGCAUCACCAACAUGACCACCUCGUUCCGCGAUGGCCUGGCCUUCUGCGCUAUCUUGCACCGACACCGGCCUGACCUUAUAAACUUCAGUGCCCUCCGGAAGGAAAACAUUUACGAGAACAACAAGCUGGCCUUCCAAGUGGCCGAGGAACAGCUGGGCAUUCCAGCCCUGCUAGACGCUGAGGACAUGGUGGCCCUGAAGGUUCCAGACCGGCUGAGCAUCCUCACCUACGUGUCACAGUAUUACAACUACUUCCACGGCCGGUCCCCAAUUGGGGGCAUGGCUGGCAUAAAGAGACCCUCAUCAGACUCGACUGAAGAACUUUCUGGAAAGAAGAAGAGCCUGUCCCAGUCUGCCAAGUUGCCCUCGCCUGCUCCAACCCAGAGGUCACCACUGUCCCCAGCUAGGACAAACCCUGUGGUUCAGAGGAAUGAAGGUGGCUCAGAGAGACCCUUCCCAAAGGCUGCUCUGGGGACUGCGGGAAGCUCCGUCAGCAGCAUCUGUGGGGUCUGUGGCAAACAUGUUCACCUUGUGCAGCGACACCUGGCUGACGGCCGUCUCUACCACCGAAGCUGCUUCAGGUGUAAACAGUGUUCCAACACGCUGCACUCAGGGGCCUACCGUGCCACGGGAGAGCCUGGUGUCUUCGUCUGUACCCACCACAGCUCAGAAGUCACCUCUGUGAGCCCCAAGUUGUCAAAUCUGGCCCCCAGGAAGCCAGGGGUUGCCACUGCAGACACCAGGCCAGUCGGUGUCUCACAGAAGGUUCAGGAGGCAAAUGGAGAGAUGACCCCACUGAGGGCCAGGACAGCAGCCUGGGAACGUGCUGGAGGCAACACAACCACCAAAGGUUUUGUCCAGAUGGAACUUAAGCCAUCAGCUACCCCCCGCGUUAAUGUGGGGAGCCCUGUGGGGCCCAGGCUACCCACGAGUGCAGUGGCCACUACUUCUGUGAAUAGCAAAGCUAUCACCCAUGUGACUAACAGCUCCCCAACAGGAUGGUCAUCACCUGCCUGGAACAGCACCGUGAACUUCAGCUCCCCAAGUGCUCUGGACACUCACCUAUCUGUGCCCCAAGGCCAGGCAGUCUCAAAAGGUGUUAAGACUCAUCUCAAUUUGAGCACAGACUCUUCAAGCACAGCAGUCACCCCGGCCUGGACCUCCUCAGCCUCUAGGACACAGCAGGCCCGAGAAAAAUUUUUCCAGAACCCUUCCCUGGCCCCAGCCCCAGCCAGCAGCAGUCCCGCCAGCAGGGUCCCCACUGUGGUGACUGCCUCCACCAACAAGGUCCCCACUGUGGUGACCACCCCUACCAGCAAAGCCACCACUGUGGUGAAUACCUCCACCAGCAAGGUCCCCACUGCAGUAACUGCCCCAACCAGUAAAGUCACCACUGUGGUGACUACCCCUACCAGCAAAGCCACCACUGUGGUGAAUACCUCCACCAGCAAGGUCCCCACUGUGGUAACUGCCCCAACCAGUAAAGUCACCACUGUGGUGACUACCCCUACUAGCAGAGUGUCCACUGUGGUGAAUUCCACUAAUGGCAGGGUCAAUGCCCCCAUCGGCAAGGUCUCCACUGUAGUGAGUACCACGGAUGGCAGGGUGCCCACUGUGGUGAAUGCCCCCACUGGUAGGGUCCCUGCUGUGGUGACUACCUCUGCCAGCAAAGUCUCUGCUGUUGUGGAUGUCCCUACCCACGAAAGCAGCCGGGAACAAGCACUAAGUGUCCUUAGGAAGGCCCUGCCAGGGCUGACAGGCACUGGUACCCAGGCUCCAAGCAGGUCCUCCCCAGCCACUUCCUCUGUCCUGAUCACCCUGCCCAAGAAUGAAGUGACACAAAAAGUUCCCUCAGCCAAGCUCUCACAUUCAAACACCCAGGCCCUUAGUCCCACUUCAAAGAUGGAGCCCACAGCCCCACCGAGUAUGGGCAAUACCCCAUGGACAUCUGCAUCACUCCAAGCUGGCAAAAAGAGCCCGGGUGUUUCUCCAGGGGUUGGUAAGACCGGCACUGGCUCCAGGCCACAAGCAAAGGUGGCAGUAGUCAAGGGUCCAAGUCCCACCUCUCAAGAAGGCCAAGAGGAGGGGCCAGAAGGAUGGAGGGCCCGGCUGAAGCCUGUGGAUAAGAAAAACCCUGCUGGGAGGUCUCUGGAGCAAAAAGAGCCAGUCCUGGCAGAGCCGAGAGCAGGGGACACUUCCAGGAAAGCCUCCAGUAAUUCUGACUCUAGCAUCCAUGUCAUCUUGACUCCUAUUCAGCACAAGAGGACACCACACUCGGCUGGUUCCGGGCCCGGCCUUGCAGCCCCCUCUCCUUCUCCAUCAUACCGCAAGAGACUAGCUGUCCCUCCCAGCCUCGAUGUCUCUGCUGACUGGCUCCAGUCAGAUCUCAAGAAGCAGGAAGAUCAGACCAGGAGCGGUAAGGAGGAGAAGACACCUACCUGGGGCACAACAAAGAGGUCUGCAAUCCUGGACCUUGCUCCACCUGGUGAGGCUGCGACCUCCCCAGUCAGGCUGCACCCCAACUAUAUCCCCCAGGAGGAGCUGCAGAGACAGCUGCAGGACAUUGAGAGUCAAUUGGAUGCCCUGGAGCUCAGGGGUGUUGAGUUGGAGAAGCGGCUGCGGGCAGCCGAGGGAGAUGCUUCUGAGGAUGGCCUCAUGGUGGACUGGUUCCGCCUUAUUCAUGAGAAGCAGCUGCUGCUGAGACUUGAAUCAGAACUCAUGUACAAGUCCAAGGACCAGCACCUGGAGGAGCGGCAGCUGGACCUCCAGGGUGAGCUGCGCAGACUGAUGGACAAGCCAGAGGGUCUGAAGUCCCCCCAGGACCGCCAGCGGGAGCAGGAGCUGCUGAGCCAAUAUGUGAACACCGUGAAUGACCGAAGUGACAUUGUUGACUUCCUGGAUGAGGAUCGGCUCCGGGAACAGGAGGAGGACCAAAUGCUGGAGAGUAUGAUCCAGAACCUGGGCCUCCAGAGGAAGAAGUCCAAGUCCUUCUUGUCCAAGAUCUGGUCCUCGAAGAGCAAAAGUGGGCAGGCCUGAGCUGCACAUGGCUGGCACUAGGGCCCAGCCCUUCUCAGGAAGAGACUGGUGCUGCGGCUUCAGGAGGGAUGCUUGGGGUACCAGGGCCCACUCUGGGUCCUUGUAACCUCAAUAAAGACA